GCGAGUUGGCCGCCCCUCGCGGUGGAACGUGCGUCAACCCCCGCAAGCGAGCGCCGCCACUGCUCCUGCUGCUCCCACGACGCCGGCAUCGCGAUCGAGCUGUGGAGGGUUGGAGCAGCGGGCGGGGAUGCCUUUGAGGGGCAGAGCCGCACGUGAUCUUAUCUGGCUGUUCCCGCGCACUGAGGCUGCGCUCGGGCCGCACCGGAUUUACCUUUCGCUCGCUCGACCGUGCUCCGUCUCCCACCUCAUCAUCCUCAAGCCGCAGCCAUGCAUCUCCUGCCGCGCGAGCGCGACAAGGUCUUCCUGCACCAGGUCGGCACGCUGGCGCAGAAGCGCCUGGCGCGCGGCCGCAAGCUCAACAUCGCCGAGGCCACGGCGCUCAUCGCGACGGUGCUGCAGGAGCGCAUCCGCGACGGCGAGCACAGCGUCGCACAGCUGAUGCAGCACGGCAAGACGCUCCUCGGCCGCGACCAUGUGCUGCCGGGCGUGCCGGAGCUGCUGCACGAGGUCAUGGUCGAGGGCACCUUCCACGACGGCUCCUUCCUGGUGACUGUGCACGAUCCCAUCUGCACGCCGACCGGCUCACUGGCGGACGCGCUGUACGGCAGCUUCUUUCCGGCGCCCGACCAGAAGGUGUUCGCUCCGUACCAGCCGCCGACGUGGCUGCCCGGCGCCCUGCGCGUCAAGGAGAGCGGGCCCAUCGUGCUCUGCCCAUCACGCGCCCGCAUCACGCUGCAGGUGACAAACACAGGCGACCGGCCCAUCCAAGUCGGCUCGCACUACCCCUUCGCCGAGACGAACGGCGCGCUUCGCUUUGCGCGUCUCGCGGCGCUCGGCUACCGCCUGGACAUCGCAGCGGGCACGGCCGUGCGCUUCGAGCCAGGCGACAGCAAGCCCGUGAAUCUGGUCGCCAUCGGCGGCGCCCGCGUGCUCGCUGGCGGCUCUGCGCUCUUCUCCGGCCCGAUCGAGCAGCUCAACCUAGGUGACGCUGGGGCUCGUCAGGCUCUGCAGGCGCGCCUGUCGCAGGCCGGCUUCCUCGACGCAAGUCCCGACGAGUACGCGGCGCUCGCGGCUGCUGCUGCACCGCCCGCGCAUCGUCUCAGUCGCGAGCAGUACGCCUCGCUGUACGGCCCUACCACGGGCGACCGGGUCCGCCUGGCCGACACUGAGCUGUGGAUCGAGGUGGAGCGCGACCUGACGAGCUACGGAGACGAGUGCAAGUUCGGCGGAGGCAAGGUGCUGCGCGACGGCAUGGGUCAGGCCUCGGGCCGCUCGGACGCAGAGUGCCUGGACCUCGUCAUCAUCAACGCUCUGAUCGUCGACUGGUCGGGCAUCUACAAGGCCGACAUUGGCAUCCGCGAAGGCUUCAUCGUGGGCAUUGGCAAGGCUGGCAACCCAGACAUCAUGGACGAGAUCACCGAGGGCAUGGUGGUCGGCAGCUGCACGGAAGUGAUUGCUGGCGAGAAGCUCAUCCUGACGGCGGGUGCGAUUGAUGCGCACGUGCACUUCAUCUGCCCGGACAUCUGCGAGGAGGCUCUGGCCACUGGCAUCACCUCGGUCAUCGGCGGCGGCACAGGCCCCUCUGCCGGCACUUCCGCCACGACGUGCACGCCGGGCAAGGACCAGCUGCGCGCCAUGCUGCGUGCGACCGAUGGCGUGCCGCUCAACUUCUGCUUCACGGGCAAAGGCAACGACAGCGGCGUGCCUGGCAUCGUCGACCAGAUCGAGGCGGGCUGCGCGGGCCUCAAGCUGCACGAGGACUGGGGCACGAGUCCUGCCGUCAUCGACAACGCGCUCUCCAUCGCUGAGAAGUACGAUGUGCAGAUCAACAUCCACACCGACACUCUGAACGAGUCGUCAUUCGUGGAGGGCACCAUUGCGGCGUUCAAGGGCCGCACGAUUCACACGUAUCACUCUGAGGGAGCUGGUGGCGGCCAUGCGCCCGAUAUCAUUCGGGUCUGCGGCGAGCCAAAUGUGCUGCCGUCUAGCACCAACCCAACGCGGCCCUAUGCAUCUAAUACGCUCGACGAGCACCUGGACAUGCUGAUGGUCUGCCACCAUCUCAGCAAAGACAUCGCCGAGGACGUGGCCUUCGCAGACAGCCGCAUUCGCGCCGAGACGGUGGCUGCGGAGGACGUGCUGCAGGACUCGGGCGCGAUCAGCAUCAUCUCGUCCGACGCGCAGGCCAUGGGCCGCGUCGGCGAGGUCGUGUCGCGCACCUGGCGCACUGCGGCCAAGAUGCGCGAGCUGCGCGGGCCGCUGCCCGACGGCAAGGGCGGGCCCGAUGCCGAGUUCCGCGACAACGAGCGGGUGAAGCGCUACGUCGCCAAGUACACGAUCAACCCGGCCAUCGUGCACGGCUUCUCGCACAUCACCGGCUCGGUCGAGGUCGGCAAGCUGGCCGAUCUCGUGCUGUAUCGGCCCGAGUACUUCGGCACCAAGCCCGAGGUGGUCAUCAAGGGCGGCCAGAUCGCCUGGGCGCAGAUGGGCGAUGCCAACGCGUCCAUCCCGACGGUGCAGCCCAUCUACGGACGGCCCAUGUACGGCGCCAAGGCGUCGGCUGCGCCGCACAACAGCUUCAACUUCGUCAGCCGCGCGUCGAUCGAGCUGGGCAACAUUGCCAGCUACGGCAUCAGCAAGCGCGCCGCCGCCGUGCGCGGCUGCCGCACCGUGACGAAGCGCGACAUGAAGCUCAACGACGCGCUGCCCGUGCUCACCGUCGAUCCCGAGACGUACGACGUCACCGCCGACACGGGCAACGGGCCCGAGCUCUGCACCGUGCCGGCCGCCACGUCGCUGCCGAUGACGCAGGCCAGCCACCUCUUCUAGCGCGUCCCUUCUCCCUCGUCACCGUAAUGCAAGCGUCAAAGUCAUGGGCCGAAGGGUGCCGUGUGAUUGGAUGCAUGCUUGGU